UGUCUUCGUUAAGAAGGCAAAUACAGCCAACAUAGCUGUGUUUUACUGCUCAGUCCGAAUUGAACAUUGUCGUUAUAUACAGUAGGCCUACCGUUUUAGGAAGAUCACUGACUGUGGAAACAUCUAGAAAUGUUCAAGAACGAGUAUCAGGGUGGUGCCGUUGUCGAGGUCUUCAGUGCACAAGGAAAAGAUCCAGUGGCAAAAUGGAAAAUUAGUGGUCAGUCAUCAGUAAUUAAGAUGUUUGAUAAAGAAAUUAAAGGAUUUUUGUACAGCCUCGAAGGAAGCAGUCAAACACAUAGGAUGCAGUUACCUAAAGAUGGAAAGACGGCUCUUGGCCUGAUUCAGACGUUCUUGGUCCUGCAGGUGAAUAUUCCUCCUGGUAAAGACUUCUCAACUGAGCUUCUUGUAACAGAUCAACAGCACUUGAAGAGAAGGCUCUACUUGUCCACAAUCCAUAAGGAGUUCUCAGCUACUCCUCUGCAUGCCAGAAUACCGCUUAUCUGCCUCCAACGAAACAUUUGGUGUAACCUGUGCAUUGACCUGGGCUCAUUCACCGCUGAGCUGUUCAAAGGAGCUACGUUCCUGUCUCUGGAUGGCAUUGUCAUUUCAGCCUGCUGUAAGGUCAGGCGCAUCUUUACCAUGAGGACUGAACCUGAAGACCAUGUAGACAAAGAUCCUUUUGACAUAAAACAUUAUUCUACAGAGGAGAUUCCAAGAAGUUGUCAGUUUCCUUCUGAGGUUCCGCACGUUACACAGAUAAUAAGUAUGGAGAGACUGAGACCAGCUGAUCUGAGAAGUGUAUCUAUCAGCUCUGAAACUGAACAGCUGAGCACUGGAAGAGCAGCUCGGAGUCCUAAAACCCAGGACACCUCUCAUAUUGCUUUCGGUUCAAAAGUCACAGGACGCCCUCUCCUCACUACAAAAAAGGCCAGUUUAUUUGCAACUGUGACAGAACACAAACCUAAUUCAGGUAGAAGUGGAAGACUAAAGAUACAAUCACCAACUGAGCAGGCAUCGUCUGAAAAUAUAGGGCGUGGGAGGUCAAAGCAGAUUCCUGGUGCUGGGAAAGAGAAAGUGAUUACAUGUAACCCUGGAGAAAUAGACAGAGAUCAGCCAACAGAUCACCGCAUAGCAGAUCAGACAUGUAGUUCCUAUUCUCCUGAGCCAGUUCCCAGUCCUUCAGUAUGCCAGUCUCCAUUUGAUUCACUCGAUGGUUUGCAAAUUCUUGAGAAGAGAAAUAAUGCUGCCAGAAAAACUUCAACUCCACUUAGUAUGGAUAAAGCUGAAGAAGAUUAUGAAGAGGAGGUUUUUACCUUCUUUUCUUGUCCCCACUUUGCCGAAACGGGUGAAUCUUCCCCCCAGGUUUUUGAUGAUUUAUCUUUUGAUGAAGGAGAAGGAGGGCGAAAAGAGGCAUGUUUGGAGGAUGAUUUCAUUGGGUGUGAGAGUGAAGAGGAUCAGAACUUUUUUGGAUUUCACUCUAAAAGAUUUGUGGCACACACCAGUCCUGCCUCUUCUACGCUGGCUUCUGUUUCCAUUCCCAGAUCUGCCUCUUCACCCAGGCCUUGCCCUGAGCCAGCUAAAGCCUUUACAGUUACACAUACAUCCACCCUGUCUUCCUCAGAGAGGUCCCGAAGGACUGAGAUAGUGUGUGUGGCACCAACCCGCUGUCUCUCACCUAGCACUGCCAAACGGCGGGGCAGACAGGAACACACUGGACCCGAGCGAAACAGCCCUGAUGGAGAUAUGAGGAUAUCCAUUAAUAGAACAUCUGUUCGAGAAAUUCCCCCUGAGGAUGUGAAGCUCCACAAGGUGAGGGAGAGCAUGAGGAGAAUGCCCGUGGGCUCUAGCACAUGUGAUUUAUCUAAGAGGGCAGAGCAGGAGGAGGAUGAAGAAGAGCUACGGAUGUUAGCUAGCCUAAAAAGACAGCAAGAAGAAGAGGAGGUUGAGAUCGGUAACUCAGGUCUCAGCGCUUCACAGGUCCAGCACUGCAAUGUCAGCCUGAGUAUGAGCAGUGAUGACACUUCUACAUGGACCCAGUGUAUCCCUCUAGCAUCUGAACAGGGUCAGUAUUACCAAAAAGAAAUGAAUCCACUUCUCCACUCUAAUCCCAGGGAAUGGAUGGAUGUUUUGAGCCCUCCUAUAAUUAAUCCCAGGCAACAUCAGAAUGAGAGCAAAAAAAAACACAGCAACAUGUCCACCGAAGGCUUGGGGGCAGAAGAGAGCCACAACGAAGAUAAGUUUCUCAGUCUGCUCUAUGAUUCAUGUCUAAACUGCUAUUUUGAUCCUCAGACUGGGAAGUACUAUGAGAUGAUCUAAGUUUGAUGAAAACAAGAAGACUGAUUCAUACAGCAUGACAAAACGGUAUAUUUCGAAUAUUAUAUAAU